AUGGCUAAGGACACUCUCUUGGAAGUCAGCAUCAAGUCGCAGCGCUUUGGGAUCUUUCUCAGCCUUGAUGGCACUGGCGUCAAGGCUUUCGAAGGCAAAGGAUCUGGCGUCGCUGCCGCCCAGACAUACGUCGGGUCAUGGGAGCGUCUCCAAAUCGAGAACCAUGCGGAUGGUACCUUUUCGAUCCUGUCGUCCAACUUUCCAGGCGUUUACCUCCGCCUUGACGGGACCGGUCUGAAGAAGUUCGAAGGAGCCGGCGGCGGUGUAGCCAACACCCAGUUCUAUGCCACGCCGCCGGCCCGUGGCUUCGAGCUCUUCAAGUUUCACCCCCAGUCGGAUGGCUCCAAGGCUAUUGAAAGUGUUGCGUUUCCGGGCGUGUUCCUCCGCAUGGACGGUGAUGCGAAGAAGCGUCCGGAUGGGCUGACUGGUAUCGUGAAUGGACAGUUCGGCGCUAGAUCCUAUGAGAAAUUUAUUGUCACGGUCCUCUAG